UAGUCACUCCUAUUUCCUCCUUCAGGCAGACCAACAGAAACCAACAUCAGCCUUCACACCUGACGUGAAAGUCAUUGCAGUCCACCUGUCCUGCACGUCCACCAUGUCCAUUGUUUUCACUCUCAUGAUGGUGCUUCUGGGCUCUUCGCUGGUGACGACAUUUGUCCUGCAUCCCUCCGGAGAGCAACCUGCAAUGUCUGCUGACUCUCCUCUUACCAGGCACAACAGGUGCCGGGAUGAGUCAUUACAGUCCAUCAGGAAGGGACUCCUCAGAGAUCUCAACCUGCAGUCAGAGCCAUGGCUGCCUGUUGGUGGGCUGACCAGGAUCAGGGAACAGUGGAAAAACAGCUUCAGUGCCAUUGCUCACACAGCCAAGUUGACUGCAGUUCCUACACUCCCUGGCAACUCUGAGACACCGAGUGCUGCAAACAGCACAGGCCUGGAGUGCUGCCAGAGGGCUUCUGAGAUCUUCCUCAAAGAUCUGGGCUGGGACAACUGGGUGAUCUAUCCUGAGAGCAUCACGUUGGUCCAGUGCACGUCCUGCAGCUCUUUGAGCUGUCCAUCACACUCCGUCACUGCCCAGGAAAACCCCUCACAGGUGCCAUGCUGCCAGCCCACCUCCCAGGAAAUGAUGCCCAUCCUGUACAUGGAUGAACUCAGUACCCUUGUCAUCUCCUCUGUGCAGCUGACCCGCAGGUGUGGCUGUGACCCUGACAAACUUCAUGCUGCCCAGUGAGGAGGAAAGCUUGUUUUACAGUCCUGUCAAUGUGAGUUCUGUAGGCCAUACAUGAGUUUGUAACAGCAGUACACCAUGCAACACAGAAUAUGAGCUUGUACAAACAUCCUAUUGCAAAUCAAAGUCUCAGGCUCAUAUAGGUAGAUACAUAAAGAUCAAAGACAAGAGCACAUCACUGGCACUUAAACUUCUGUCAGCAGCACUUCCACUGUAUGUGCAAACUAUAUUUCUAUAACUUUUGGUAUUUAGCCCAUUUCCAAGUGUGUUCAUCAGCACCGCACAUGAGAAACAAAGUAAUCUUUAUCCAAGGUCUAAUAAUGGCAUUCCUAUACAAAUGAGCUUCCAAGGAUAGAUAAUAAGUUUCUGAUAUGGCAGACCUGUCUAUCCAUCCCACUAUACACCACAUAAUCACAUAAUUCAUCACGUAAUCACACCUCAUUACUCUCAGAUCCCAAUCUACAUGUGUAUGCACUCCUUUGAAAAUCGAUUUAUCAGAGCAAUCAAAGCAUUUCUCAUGUGUGCACAGAGCUAUUUAAGGCAGCCAUAUUUCACAAUAAUCCCUGGCUAGCAAACGUCAUGGCAAUAAAGCAGCUGCUAAGCACUGCUGAGUGUUCCCUACAAAUAUGUGAAGACUGUGUCAGUGUCUGAGGCCAAAUCCUCUCCUGGGACAGCAGCUUCUGCUGCUGUGAUCUGUGGAGUACAGCCAUUUACCACAACUCUGUUGUAUUUUACAAGCAGUGCUUCCUUUGCUGAAAAAAAAAAAAAAGUUCAUGUAGUUUAUUUCAACACAUACAUAUACAUAUAUAUAUUAUGGA